UUUCAGUUGCCAGCAAAGUGGAGACGCGAUCGCAAGUGGGUUCGGCAAACAGAUACUUUAGGAACGCAGCGCUGGCAAUCACCAUUAUUCUCCAGCAAGAUGUCUACUAAUUGGCGUGAACUGUUCCCCACCAAGCUGACGUUUAUGAUCUUCCUGCUGUAUAUGUCACUAUUCAUAGGGCAGGGCAUCUUUGUCACAGCAUCCCAGGAAUCAAACAACUCAUAUAGCUACAACACCGUCACCGUUGUCCUCCUAACAGAAGUCUUUAAACUGAUCGUCUCCACAUGCCUCUACUGCAGAGAGAACACCCUGCGUGCCUUGGUAAGGGACGUGCAUAAGGAUAGAAACGUACUGGGCCUGUAUAUGGUUCCAGCCUUCCUCUACUGCCUGUACAACAAUCUUGCCUUCGUUAACCUGGCCACGUUCGAUCCAACGACCUACUAUCUACUGCUGCAGUUGCGUGUCGUGGUUACUGGUAUUCUGUUCCAGAUUAUAUUCAAGAAGUACCUAUCUCAGCAACAAUGGAUCUCACUCAUUUUGCUGACGCUGGGCUGCAUGUUGAAGCAGAUCAACUUCGGAAGCUUUUACAGCGAUGCCAACGAUGACAGCGAAUCGGCCGCCAUUCAGCACCCACUGAAUAAUACGGCAGUUGACCAUCCGCAAGUGCAUGGAAAAAAUAUGUCAGGCUUCGAUUUUAGCCUGAGUGCUGUCUUCAUUCUUGCCCAGACCAUUUGCUCGUGUUUGGCGGGAGUCUACAAUGAAUAUCUUUUGAAAGAUAAGGGCGCGGAUGUGAACAUUUUUGUUCAGAACGUUUUUAUGUACUUGGACUCGAUCGUCUGCAAUGCUGUGAUUCUGCUGAUACGCGGCGAGCUGUUGGACGCUUUUAGCCCUCACAAUUUGGCAUCUAUCAUGCGGUUCAGUGUGCUGAUCAUUAUCGUGAACAACGCUGCCAUUGGAAUUGUUACAAGUUUCUUCCUCAAGUAUAUGAACUCCAUUUUAAAGACAUUUGCCAGUGCCUUGGAGCUGCUCUUUACUGCGGUGCUGUGCUACUUCCUUUUCUCCAUACCCAUUUACAUGAACACUGCGCUGGCUAUCGCGGUGGUCUCCUAUGCCAUCUACCUGUACACCAAAAGUCCGGUAGUUAACCUGGGCAAGAUUCGCCCACUUCAAAGCUUGAGUGAGGCAUCCGCCAAGUCCACGGACAAAAAGAAGCUACUCGACGAGGAGGGGGCCGAUUCGGACUUGGACAUAGUGUAGUACUGAAGCUUUUAGCUCUUAGCUAGUCCUAGACAUAAGCUUAGGCUGUAAAUAGUUGUGGAAAAGUGCCUGCAGAUGUUUUGAACGCAAGAUAAUUGUAUUGGACGAUAGGCUUUGUGCAAUGCGAGUUAGUGGCUUGUAAAUAACAAAACUUUUGCUUUCUAGCAUAAGAUUCUCAGCGAAACAAAUAUAUUUGGUUAACAUUA